CGACGUCAUUUUAAAUAUUACACAUUUAUUUUAGAAUAUUUUCUUUUGAAAAAACUUUCGACAUUCGUCCCUCUAAAAAUCUACCGGGACGUGACAGUACACCAACCAAUAUUUAAACGCAAGCAAAUUGCAAUGUAGCUCGCAAUUGGACCUAACCUUUCUCACCAAUACAAAGCGAAAAAGCCCUAACAAAAACCCUAACCUUCGCCCACUUUCCUCCGCUAAACCCUAAUCACUGUCAUUAAGAAAAUGGGUCGCCGCAAAGGAAGCAACACGGCCCAAACCUCGACGAACUCUUCGAACCAAUUCGAAGGAACGAAGAUUCGCUUCCAAGACGCCGACGACGAUGGAGUCGCUACUGACAAUUCCAAUCUUGACGAAUCAAUCCUUGCCGUUGAUAAAGCUACUGAAGAUGUUUCCAUGGGAGAACCUGACGUCUCCUUUGUAGAUAGCGAUGCCGGUGAUGAUAAAACCAGUGCUGAUUAUUACUUCGAUUCUUACUCUCACUUUGGAAUUCACGAAGAAAUGCUCAAGGAUGUAGUGCGAACUAAGACAUAUCAAAACGUUAUUUAUCAGAAUAAGUUUCUAUUCCAGAACAAAGUAGUUCUUGAUGUGGGAGCUGGAACUGGAAUCUUGUCCUUGUUUUGUGCGAAGGCAGGGGCUGCACAUGUUUAUGCAGUCGAGUGCUCUCACAUGGCUGAUAUGGCUAAACAAAUUGUUGAAACUAAUGGAUUGUCUGAUGUGAUUACAGUUUUGAAGGGAAAAAUUGAAGAAAUUGAGCUUCCUGUUGCCAAAGUAGACAUCAUUAUAUCAGAGUGGAUGGGUUACUUUUUGUUGUUUGAGAAUAUGUUGAAUACAGUGUUAUAUGCGCGUGAUAAAUGGCUGGUCAAUGAUGGUGUUGUGCUACCAGAUAAGGCUUCUCUUUACUUGACAGCAAUUGAGGAUGCAGAGUACAAAGAUGACAAGAUCGAAUUUUGGAAUAAUGUUUACGGGUUUGACAUGAGUUGCAUCAAAAAGCAAGCUAUGAUGGAACCUCUUGUGGACACAGUUGACCAGAAUCAAAUUGUGACGAAUAGCCACCUUCUCAAGACAAUGGAUAUAUCCAAGAUGGCUCCGGGUGAUGCUUCUUUCACUGCAUCUUUUAAGCUUGUUGCACAACGUGAUGAUUACAUCCAUGCUUUUGUUGCGUACUUUGAUGUAUCAUUUACCAAGUGCCACAAAUUGAUGGGCUUCUCUACAGGGCCAAAAUCGCGAGCUACACAUUGGAAGCAAACGGUGUUGUACCUAGAGGAUGUGCUAACCAUAUGUGAAGGGGAGGCAAUAGUUGGUAGCAUGACUGUUGCACCAAACAAGAAGAAUCCCCGAGAUGUUGAUAUAAUGGUAAAAUAUUCAUUGAGUGGUCGACGUUGUGUGGUUUCAAGGGUUCAAUUCUACAAGAUGCGCUGAUGUUUCUCACAACUAUUUUUAUCAACCACCAGCAUAAAUUUAUGGCCUAGGCUAAAGCAUGAAGAUGCUGCUCCUAUUUUAAUGCAUUUGUAUUCCAACAUUCCUCAACUGCUUGAGAAUAUUGGUUCUUUCAUAUGGAAUGUAACAUUUGUUGCCCUUUAAUUUUGAUUGAUUCUUUACCAUGUUUGCAUGAGUAAAUUAGGAUUAUAA